GCCUCGCGCGCUCCCGUCCGGACGCCGCUGGCCGGGGGAAGGCGGCGGCGGCCCCCUUCGGCCGCGGCCCGGACAGCAGCGUACUACGCGACAGCUGCUCUUCCUUCGCCCACGCGGCCGCCAUGUCUGCCCUAGCGAAGGCCUCCGGCGCGCUCAAAUCGGUGGAUUACGAAGUGUUCGGACGAGUGCAAGGUGUCUGUUUCAGGAUGUACACAGAAGAGGAAGCUAGGAAAUUAGGAGUGGUUGGCUGGGUUAAAAAUACCAGUCAAGGAACUGUAACGGGCCAAGUUCAGGGCCCAGAAGAUAAAGUAAAUGCAAUGAAAUCCUGGCUGAGUAAAGUUGGAAGCCCAAGUUCUCGCAUAGAUCGAACAAAUUUUUCCAAUGAAAAGGAGAUUUCCAAGCUUGACUUCUCAGGAUUUAGCACUAGAUACUAAUAGAAGAAAACAUCACUAAGCACAAAACCAUGAUGUUUCUGCUGCAUGAUAUUUUUUGUGCCUCCAUAAAAUGUCACAAGAGUAUUUGGAUGCUUUCUGUACUAGAGAUAAAUAUAAAUGGUCCCUGUUCACAUGAAGUAAGAAUUCUUAGUUGCUGUAUUAGACAUUUUACACCAUGACUGUCAAUAUCUAAUAUCUAAAAUGCCAAUAUCUAAUUUAUUGCAUCUUGAAAGCUGGAUAAAUGGUUAAAAGUGUCAGUGAUCAUUUGUGCACAAUGAGACUUGUUAUAUAUAACCAUAUGGCACGUAAUCUUUACACUGUGAUUCAUGUUUUAGAUGCAAAAUAAUUAAUGUAUGUUCUACUGUUCGUAACCUCACCAAAAAUACUUAACUAUAGAGCUGGAACACUAAGAGUUCUAUUGUAACAGCUCUGUAUUAUAGAUCAUGUUAUUUGUGAUAAUUAGUUAAGAUAUAGUGGUACUUUAAAAUAAAUGUAUGUUGCCUCAAACUAAGAUUAUCUAACCAGCUCUGGUUUAAAAUUCUCUGUAAUUAUGCAGAUAAGUCUUGGAACAAGAUGAUGAAAUGUGUGGCCUCUCAUCCCUUUUUCCUUGUCUACCUACAGCUUACAUCCAUACUGACUAUAAAGGAUGUUUUGAUCUUUUUGCUUUUUUGAUGUUCUUACUAAAGGAAAAUAACUGAAAUCUUCAAUUUAUCGAUGUGUAUUUGCUCCUUAGUUAACAAUGUAUGUUGGAACCUGAUUCAACAUGAUGCAUCCACACACAUCAUAUCAAGUACGUGAAAGGUCCUGAGAAACUUGAGUUAUGUGCUUGUAAUAAAUACUGGAUAAGUCU